AAUGCACCUUCUCCAGUUCCUGCGUUUGCUUGCCUGACGAGUGUCAAAACAGAUUUGGCCUUGAAGUAUUGAAGUUAUCUUUAGUACUACAAGGCGUUUCCAGUGACCAGGGGUCUUCAGAAACAGCAGGCCAGGCUACCACCCUUGGGGCACAAGAACGAUGGCCAUGUGCUGCAGUGAGGGAGGCUGUUGUGGAGGCAGCUGUAAGUACAAGGGGACCUGUAUCCGCAACCUCGGCUGGGCCCUGAUUGUUCUGGCCGUCAUUGGCGUCAUCCUGGCAGCGAUAGCUGACGGGGUGUAUGCAGGAUACCCGUUUGCCGUUGUGCACCACAUCAGUGCUCCCAUAUGGGGAGGAGCCUUUAUUAUAGUUGCUGGAGGAUUGGCUGUCUGUGGAGGAAAGAGUCCUGAAAAUGCCUGUCUGAGGAUAGCACUACUGGUGAUGAGCAUCAUUGGCAUCAUGUUUGCCUUUGUGAUUUGGAUCAUCGCAGCCAUAGGGCUAAUAGCUGAUGGAAACCAGUGUGAAUGGUUUAAACUGGGACCUUGUGAAAGUUACGAAUCUCACAAUGAUAACUGUGGUUGGUGGUAUGAUUACUGGUACGAUCUGUAUCCCAACUGGCGCGAUAUUGACUGUGGUGGGAUAAAGGCCCUCCACGCCCUCCAGCUGCUGCUGGGACUUGCCGAGACAGUUCUGAUGUUCAUCGUCAGCAUCAGGACCUGCUGUGGAACCUGUAGGAACUGCUGUGAAGGCACACAGCAGCCUCCGACACAUGCCAUCGUGUACCAGCCAGGACAGCCCUUACCCCAGCAGGUGCACUCUGGUGUCAUCAUCAUGCAGACAGCGCCCGGUGGCCAGCCAUAUGCAGUACAGCAGCCAGCCUACAACCCACAAGCACAACCUGGGUCGUACCCAAUGCAACCGCAGGCUGGGCCGUACCCAACACAACCCCAGCCUGGGUCGUACCCAACCCAACCCCAGCCUGGGUCGUACCCAACCCAACCCCAGCCUGGGACUUAUCCAGCUCAACCCCAGGCUGGGGCAUACCCUGGAACCCAACCUGGUCCUUACCCAGCCCAACCUGGGUCGUACCCCACGCAGGCAGGGCCCCAACCACCACCUUAUAACACGGUUACUGAUCAGAAGAUUUAAAUGAUGCAUUUUUUCUUUUUUUCCAUAUGCUUGCUGGGUGUUGCUUUAUAUUCAAUGACAAUUUAUGUACCAGCUAAGUAGUGCAGACCAUUGUGCAAACUUGUAACAGGAUUAUAUGUAGAAAACCGGCUUUGAUGUUUCUGUACCCUUUUGGGACAGUAAACAUUAUGUUUUGCUAAGUACACAAAUGCUAAUAUGUCUCCAGAUAGAUUGUCAUUAAUUCUGAAAUAACAACAGAUAAUUGAGCCAAUAACUCUUGGCAAAUUUUUAGCCAUAGGGAGCAGUGUAAAUGGAAAAAGACCAGUGAAACAAUAUUAUAUUUUUGGCUAGCCAAGAGUGUAAGAUAUGCGUAAUGGAAAGCUUCUUUUAGAAAUGUUUCAUGUGAAGCAGAGCACCACAGAUGGACAUCAAGAGUUGUGAUAGUUGCAGUGAAUGAGUUUCUUCCAUCCAGAGAUUCAGACACUGAAAUGAGUGCUUCCUGUUGAUGCUGAUUAUUAAACAUUAUUAUUCAGUAGAUUUAUUCAAAAGAUUUAUGCCUGUUAUUAGAGAUUAAUGCCUGUUAGAUAGACUGAUCCCACAGCCCAUGUGGAGAUGCAAAAUGAAGCAUAAAAAUGCAAAUAUUUGACAGACAUGUGUACACUCUCGCAUUGGUUGAACCGCUUAUUGCCGUUCUGUCAUUCAUUGAACUGCUAAUUGUGAUGGACAGUCAGGAUCAAUGUAUUGUAUGUAAAGGAUAUAGUUACCGGUACAUGUAAUUCAACUUUAAAAGCUGUGUAUGUUUCAUGCAACCAUCACUCAAAAUAAUUCCUAUUCAUGCUUCAUAAUGAGUUGAAUACAUAGCACUUAUGAUUGUAGAAGCUGAAAUAUGCAUUGUGCAAAUCAGUUGUUGCUAGGAAACUGAUUAUCAUUCCAAUAAAAAUGUAUGUGAACAAAAUACGCAUUGAAUAUAUCCAAGAUAAAAAUAUCAUGUGACAGUGAAAACAAAGGAACAAAUACUGAGUAACAAAGUAAAGAUCCUCGAAAUGUAUCUCGCCAGGAUCAUUUCCCAGUAAGAGAUAUGGAGUUGUUGUUCCUGUUCACCAUGGAGGAACAAAUGAUAUUUGCAUUAAAUACACAUUUCCGGUGCAGGCUGCUCUGGUAAUCUGCUAAAAUGCUGAUGUAACACUUAUGACAUAACGAAAAUCAUUUCAAACAAUGAUUAAAUGAAAGAUGAGAUUAAUUGAUCAGAAGUUUGAAUGGUAUCAAGUUACAUCAAAGGUGAUGAAUUAUAUAUUCAUGUAUCAAGAAAUAAUAUAAUAUCUGUGUUAACAGUGAAUGUUGAUAGACUUGAAAGCCAUUUUACCAAUUCCAUGUUUGGUUGAGAUAUUUGAUGUGAUAAAUUUCAGGAUUUCUUUGCAAACUUAUGCCUUAUCCAUUAAUGUGGGAUUCAAUUGUACUGCUUUGGUUGGUUGUAACAUAUAUGGCCCGAUAUGUCAGCAACAUCAAAGAUGAUUAAAUAUCGCAACUGGUG